UGUCUCAAUAAUGGAACCUGUAGCAAUGGAAGGGAUUCCUUCACUUGUGUCUGCAGCUCUGAUUUCAUUGGUCGAUUCUGUGAACAGUCGGCCCAGUUCCAGGGAGGUUGUUCCAACAAUCCUUGUUAUAAUGGAUCAACCUGUACAGAGACAACUAACGGGUAUACAUGUACAUGUUCAGUUGGAUUCACGGGCCCUAACUGUCGGUUCCCUCUUAAUAACUGUGAGCUGGAAUACUGUAGAAAUGGCGGUACUUGUGAGAGAGGACUGUAUGGAGCUUACAACUGUCUCUGUCCAUUUGGUUAUGGUGGGCAGUAUUGUACUGAACUAUUAUCACUCUGUCAUUCAUCUCCUUGUCUUAAUGGAGGUACAUGUAUCGGUAACACAUCCUCUUAUACAUGUACAUGUACUCGAGGGUAUUACGGAGAUACCUGUCAGUAUCCCAUAGUUCCAACUGAUCUCUGUACUACACUCUCUCCCUGUAACUCUACAUCAGUCUGUAGUCCAGGGUCUGGUAACUAUACUUGUGUCUGUACUGAUGGCUCAGGAGGUGAUGAUUGUUCAUUAAUGUUACCUUCUCCUUCUCCCUGUGACUCUAAUCCUUGUCUCCAUGGCGGCCAGUGUACCAAUAACAGUCCACUGUCCUUCCAGUGUACCUGCCCUGUGGGGUACACUGGCCCAAACUGUGAGGAUGACAUUAACGAGUGUUCCCCCAAUCCUUGCUCCAAUAAUGGCAUCUGUUAUAACGGGUUCGGGAGCUACAUAUGCACCUGUAUCACAGGAUUCACUGGACGUGAGUGUCAGAUACAGUGUCCUGCUGGUCACGAUGGAGAGAACUGUGAGAUUAACAUCAACUACUGUCGACCUGAUUCCUGCAGUAAUGGAGGCUCCUGUAUAGAGACUGAUAAUGGAUAUACCUGUACAUGUCCACCAUCUUAUACAGGACCUAACUGUAGUGUAGCUAAUGAUUGUAAUGUCAAUACAUGCACUAACAGUGGGCAGUGUACUAAUGACACUACUAAUGGGUUUAGAUGUACAUGUAGAGAUGAAGAGAUGAGAGAUGAUCACUGUAGACUGAAUACUGUUAGUUUUAAUGGAGACCAGUCCACUCCUAGUUAUAGAGCUUAUGGAUCAAUUGAUUUCAGAUCAAACGGUGAUAUUCAGUUUGAUUUCUCAACUCAGUCAAGUAACGGAGUGUUACUGUUCAACACACAGCAUCAGGGAGGGAUCAGUGCUGAUUUCAUAUCAGUGGAGAUCAGUGGCGGGAUCCUAUUAAUUAAAUAUUCAUUAGGAGGUGCUGAUAAUAUUAAUAAU